AAGACCUUUAUGUUCAGUACGCAAAUAUACACAUACUAUUUUCAUUUUGGAGACCAACUAAUAAUUUCCUCAACAUUUGAUUCCAGAAAAGAAUACAAGAUGGACUGGAAUAACACUAUAGAGGACCACCUCCAGCAAUGGAAUGACCACAUGACCAUCGUUUUCAUUCCGGCGACAGUGUUUCUGGCUUUAUGCUUCUUGUUGGGAAUUGUUGCGAAUCCAACUGUCAUAAUGGUCUUCCUGCUUCGAUUGAAAAAUUCUAGAGAUGAUCGCUACUUUAUACCAUUUCUUUCUUUUGUUGAUCUCCUUGGGUUAACAUUGAAUUGCCUAGGAGCUUGGUUGCAGUACUUCCCGUAUGUACAUGACGGUGAUAAUCUAUCCAUUCCUUGUAAAUUAUACUGGUUUGGUAGUUCCAGUAUCGCGUCCUUUUCUGCAUUCAUCUUGAUUGCCAUUGCCAUUCAAAGAUAUUUGAAAAUCUGCAGACCACACGGAAAACAAAUGGAUUUGAAAAUUAGACGUUUGUAUUUGGUCGUUGCAUUAUUUAUUUCAGCCAUCAUUGCAUUUCCAUUUACGUUAUUUUACGACAUGGUCCCACUUGAGAGUCCCGUUUACAAUGUGACGGGGUAUAUUUGUUCACGUGGUCAAAGCAAAUGGCCGAAUAACGAACCUGUUAUAUACAGCAUCACUAUCGCAUCGCUUGUGUUUAUCAACAUUCUCUUCCUAAUGGUCAUCUAUUGCUCAAUAGGAAAGACCAUUUACAAGCAAACCCGUUUGAAGAACAAAAGAAAACUGAGCGCCAAACGAAGAAUAGGCAGAAUAAAUCUUGACUUCAACUUCGAUGUGGAAUCGAUGAACGGAAAUGGGACUUUCAAAAAUGGUCAAUCCGAUGAUGUUUCAGAAUAUUCUGAAUGGACUCUGGACAGACGAGAGCACAAUAAAAAUAGGUUUGUGGGAAAUGAGAUGUCAACUCUACCUGAAUGCCCAACAGGGAAUUCUCUCGACCUUGAUAAAAUGAGGGAAGUCCGUCAAAAAUCGAAGUCACUGCAGUAUUAUCGGCAUCUCCGAAAAAGAAUUGAUCGGUUCACGUGGAUGUUCCUGAUAAUGACAGUGGUCGCAAUGAUUAGUUAUAUUCCCAAAUCCACCCUGCUCAUGUUCGAGUCCUUGAACUUUCUCUUUUGGAUGAGUUUUCCGGACAUUGGGAGGAGUAUUGUCGAGGUCAUGUACCGUCUCCAUGCCCUGCACCACACUUGCAAUGCUUUCAUUUAUGGUUAUUUCGAUACGCGUUUUCGUAAUGAAAUUAAAAAAAUUUGUAAUCGAGUAUCUGAUCGAUAGAUAUUUAGUAGAUAUUUACAAGUAUUCACUCUAGUAAUUGUUAUCAUUACCAAGAAAAAGUUACUCACAAGAAACAACAUUCGAUUAUUUUUCAAAAAAUCUCUUAUUCUGGAUAACGUAUUUCAAAGUGAUAUCUUCUCUUGUAUUGGUGUCAUAUGAAUUUAACUUUGACUCAGUUCAAAUGCUACAGACCGGGCCUGGAGGUUAUAAAACUUUUAUCGAACUCAUACUCAAACUUAGCCAUGUUUGUUUUGAGUACAACUCUGAGCAAGCUCCGAAGUAUACUCGAAAAAUCUUUAGCAUGUACUCCAUUUUAGUAUGAAAAUGAUUUUAUAAAAGUUUUAUAACCAUCACUUUUGAGUAUGAGUACGAUUUAGAGCACGGGGUUUGAUUUUGUGUGUGAAAACGUGCUCAAAAAGGUUUAAUAAACUACAGGCCAGGACACAUCCACUCACUUUCGCAUACAAACCAUGUACUAUAGGGUAAAAUGUCCCUCCAUACAAACCCUGUACUAUAGGGUAAAAUGUCCCUCCAUACAAACCCUGUACCAUAGGGUAAAAUGUCCCUCCAUACAAACCCUGUACCAUAGGGUAAAAUGUCCCUCCAUACAAACCCUGUACUAUAGGGUAAAAUGUCCUUCCAUACAAACCCUGUACUAUAGGGUAAAAUGUCCUUCCAUACAAACCCUGUACUAUAGGGUAAAAUGUCCUUCCAUACAAACCCUGUACUAUAGGGUAAAAUGUCCCUCCAUACAAACCCUGUACUAUAGGGUAAAAUGUCCUUCCAUACAAACCCUGUACUAUAGGGUAAAAUGUCCUUCCAUACAAACCCUGUACCAUAGGGUAAAAUGUCCCUCCAUACAAACCCUGUACUAUAGGGUAAAAUGUCCCUCCAUACAAACCCUGUACUAUAGGGUAAAAUGUCCCUCCCUACAAACCCUGUACCAUAGGGUAAAAUGUCCCUCCAUACAAACCCUGUACCAUAGGGUAAAAUGUCCUUCCAUACAAACCCUGUACUAUAGGGUAAAAUGUCCCUCCAUACAAACCCUGUACCAUAGGGUAAAAUGUCCCUCCAUACAAACCCUGUACCAUAGGGUAAAAUGUCCUUCCAUACAAACCCUGUACUAUAGGGUAAAAUGUCCUUCCAUACAAACCCUGUACUAUAGGGUAAAAUGUCCUUCCAUACAAACCCUGUACUAUAGGGUAAAAUGUCCCUCCAUUGGCACUUUGGGGCUCGUAUACUUUAUUUCUACAGAGAUAAAAACCAAUAUUCUUAUUAACAUGUCUUACAAAUGCAAAGUGACCCCCCCCCCCCCUAUUUACCGAAUCUUUAAAUUAUCUGUCCAAACAUGUAUUGAGAGUUUGUCAAAAUGUUUGUUGUUUAAUGAUACUAUAUUUACUAGUACAUGUAUGUAUAUUAUCAUUUGAACAUGUUUGCGGACUUCCCAGAUGAAACAUUGAUAUCAUAUUAAAUAUUUGAUUUUGUCAAAUAAAUGGUUGAAACAGUGAAGAUAACGAGCAUUGAUCAAUCUCAUAAUUUCUAUCAAGAGGUGGAUUCAAGUGCCUAGGAGGAGUAAGUAUCCCCUGUUGACCGGUCACACCCACCGUGAGCCCAAAAUCUGGAUCGGGUAAACGGAGUAAUACAUAUACAAAAUCAGUUUGUAAAGAACGGCCUAUAAAUUGGUAUGAAACACGGCAGACAGCAUUCGACAGGUUGUAUUGAUAAAUUAGAUCGAUAUAACUAACGACCAUAGAAUUUGCGAAAUGCUGAAUUUAAACGAGACUGAAUUGGGAAUAUUCUCUACAGCUAUAUCCCCUAGAUCUGAAUAAUUUACAUUUCAUUAUAUAUGGAAAUACUUUUUAAAUUACACAUGUAUAUCUAAGUAGCAUUUAACCCAUUCCCGCACUCAAGGAAAUCUGAGCGAUGUUUCUGGGGAGAAAUCUGAGCGAUGUUUCUGGGGAGAAAUCUGAGCGUCUGGGGAAAUGUCGCAAUUUAUGAUCAGCUUCUCGUAGAGUCUACUCUAGAUCAAGUUUUCCAAUUGAUGCUAAAGUCAAUAAAGUCAGUUUUUGAGGCAAAAAGGGGUUUACUCCAUAUUAAAAAAUCACUCGAAUGUAUGUAGGGGUUUACUCCAUAAACUGUAAAGAUACUGGUUAAAAAUAUCCACAGGAAUGUAUAAAGAAAUAUCAAACUAGGGAAGUGUGUUCAUUUGUUUCUCAGGAGUUGUUUUUUUUUCGUGGGGUGGCUAUUUUUCAUCUCAACUUUAUUUUCUCAGUUUUCUUUACAGUCAGGGAUCAACAUUUGAACUGAAAUUGGAAAAGUUACAUAUAACUACCGAAAUUAUCAUGAUAAACAUGUAAGUGCAAAUUAGCAAAAUAAAUACAAAAAAUGAUCAUCUUUUGCUUCAUACAUGAAUAAAAUUGUGGAGUUUGAUUAAGAAAUAAAUUUCUUUGAAAAUACAUGAGGAUAUGAACUGCCACGCUUCAUGCCAGCAUACUUCUCAUGAAGCGCAUGAAGAUUACUUUGUCUAUGAAUAAAAGUCAUCUUAGUGUAUACAGUUUUACAUGAAUUAAUGCCAGAUUAUUUAAAUAGUCUUAGAUAUGUAUAUAAGAAGUUAGCCUGAGGCAAACAGGAAAUUCUAAUUCAAAUGCACUGUAUGUACCCAGGACAAAGACUGAGUUUUCCGUGUCUCAGGUAGCAAUAUGUGGAAUGUUUUGAGUAAAGAUGUUAGAAUUUCUUAACUUCAUUUUGUACAUGUACCUAUUCAUAUUUACAGUUAUUUAUUAAGUUUAUAUGUACUCUAUUUCUUUUAAACUAAUACCUGUCCGUAUGUUAUAUGCAGAACUAGCAUUGUUGCUAAAUAUGUUAUACUGGAUAAAUAAAGGCUUGUUAUUAUUA